AAGACACAAUCUUACAAUUAGUCAGGGAAUCAUAUCACUUCUGUCACGACACGAAGAAACUACGACUAGAGAAAGAAUACCCUACGAAGCCAAGAUGAAAACAAUGUUUGCGGUAGUCCUCGCUACGGUCUUUCUGGCCUUUGUUUCUGCCACUCCACAAUGUCCAUCCAAUCAAGAUGAUGUUGUCUUAAUUCCGAAUCCAGUUGACUGCGCAUCCUAUUAUGCCUGCGACGGUGGCGUUGCAUACUUAAUGAAUUGCUCUGCCGGACUUCUCUUUAACCCCGAAUUACGAGUUUGCGAUUGGGCAGAGAAUGUAACCUGUUCCGUUACGCCUUCACCCAGCGCAGCACCAACUGAAGUACUUGAAAAUUCCAACGAAGAAUCCAGCGAAGAAUCCAGCGAAGAACCCAGCGAAGAACCCAGCGAAGAACCCAGCGAAGAACCCAGCGAAGAACCCAGCGAAGAACCCAGCGAAGAACCCAGCGAAGAACCCAGCGAAGAACCCAGCGAAGAACCCAGCGAAGAACCCAGCGAAGAGCCCAGCGAAGAACCCAGCGAAGAACCCAGCGAAGAGUCCGACGAAGUUAUCAAAAUGACCAAUGCAGAACCUUGCGCAGCAUCUAGCGAAUCCAGCGAAUCCAGCGAAUCCGGUGAAGGAUCUGAUGAACUACCUAUUUAUAAGUAAAGAAUCAGAAGUUUGAAGGUAUCUCGGACUUUACUGUAUAAAAUAUAUACAAUAUAUAUUUUAUACAAUAAUAUAUUGUUACUAUUUAUACGGGAUGUUUCAGAAUCACUCUUUUUGUCUAAAAUUGUCCGAUCUCAAAAUUCUGUACACACGUUUUGAGCUAUUGCACAUUAUUAUGUAUUAUAGUGAUCGAUAUCGUGCAUGAAAUAUAAUUAACCUAUUAUAAUCCUA